GCCAGCAAAAAUGAAGACCACCACCACCACACCGCCGCCUCUCCACUCCCUACGUCCACUCCGCCGCCGCCACUUCAACCGCCUAUUCGCGGCGGCUUACACCGCCGCCAUACUAUCCCUCCUCUACCACCACACACUCACACUACUCCAAUCCACCACCACCACCACCACCGUCUCUCUCUCCAUAUCUCUCCUCCUCUUCCUCUCCGACGCUAUCCUAGCUUACAUGUGGUCCACAACCCAGUCCUUCCGCAUGAACCCGGUCCACCGGAGAUCAUUCCCGGAGAACCUCCCGGAGUUCCAGGACCGGAAAGAUUUUCCGGCGGUGGACAUAUUCAUAUGCACGGCGGACCCGCACAAGGAGCCUCCUGUCGGCGUGGCCAACACCGCCCUGUCGGUGAUGGCGUACGACUACCCGACAGAGAAGCUGUCGGUUUACGUGUCGGACGACGGCGGCUCGGAGCUGACGGCGUUUGCUUUCAUGGAGGCGGCUAAAUUUGGGAAGGUGUGGCUGCCGUUUUGCCGGGAGAAUGACGUCACUGACACGUGUCCAGAUGCUUAUUUCGCCUCAAACUAUGCUUUAACUGAUAAGUCCCUCGAAAUCAAGAUGAUGUAUGAGAGCAUGAAAAUGAAGGUGGAAAAUGCAGUGGAAAAGGGUAAAAUAAGUGAAGAAUAUAUUACAAGUGAAGAAGAGCGCCAAAUUUUGAGCCAAUACUGUAAUAAAGAUUUCAACCGCCAAAGCCAUCCUUCUGUGAUUCAAGUUCUGUUAAAUUCAAAUAAAGAUAAAGAUGUUACAGGUAAAUAUAUGCCGAAUCUUGUGUACGUAUCGAGAGAGAAGAGAAAGACGAGCCCACAUCAUUUCAAGGCUGGCGCCCUCAACGCUCUGCUUCGAGUUUCGGCGAGCAUGACGAAUUCGCCAAUUAUAUUGACAUUGGACUGUGAUAUGUAUUCGAACGACCCAUUAACGGUCCAAAGAGUAUUGUGUUACCUUGCCGUUAAUUCCGGUAACACCGAUUGUGGGUACGUUCAAUUUCCACAGCGUUACCACGGUCUCAACAAAUCGGACAUAUACGCCAGUGAGCACAAACGUUUGUUUUUAGCCAAUCCAAUUGGCAUGGAUGGGCUUAACGGGCCUAAUUACGUUGGAACGGGUUGCUUUUUUCGUCGUCGGGUAUUCUUUGGAGGCCCGUUUUCUUAUAUAGACCCGGAGAAUCCGGAUCUCGACCCGAAUCAUAUUGUCGACAAGCCCAUUAAUAGUAAAGAAGUUUUGGGUAUGGCCCAUCAUUUUGCUUCGUGCAACUAUGAGAACCAAACCAAUUGGGGUUCCAAGUUGGGCUUUCGGUACGGGUCGUUGGUGGAGGACUAUUACACGGGGUAUCGGCUUCAAUGCGAAGGGUGGCGGUCGGUAUUUUGCGAUCCGAAAAGGCCUGCAUUUUUGGGUGAUGUUCCGAUAUCUCUAAACGAUGUGUUGAGCCAGACGAAGAGAUGGUCAAUUGGGUUAUUAGAAGUCGGCUUCUCUAAGUACAGCCCAAUAACAUUUGGUGUAAAGGCAAUGGGAAUUUUGAUGGCCCAAGCUUACGCAAACUAUGCUUUUUGGCCCAUUUGGUCUAUCCCUAUCACUAUUUACGCUUUUGCCCCUUCGAUCGCUCUUCUACAAGGGAUUCCCAUUUUUCCCAAGGUCCACGAGCCGCGAUUCUCCUUGUACGCUUUCCUUUUUCUCGGCGCGUACGUGCAAGAUUGCCUGGAUUUCAUCUCUACACGAGGCACAUUCCAGAGAUGGUGGAGCGAUCAAAGAAUAUGGCUCAUAAGGGGUCUUUCUUCUUUCUUAUUUGGAUCCAUAGAAUACACUUCCAAGCGUCUAGGUAUGGCGACGCACGGAUUCAACGUCACGAGCAAAGUGAUGGACAACGAGCAAAGCAAGAGGUACAACCAAGGAAUGUUCGAGUUUGGAGUCGCUUCUCCCAUGUUUGUUCCGUUAGCGAUGGCCGCGAUUUUGAACUUGGCCGCGUUUCUUGGUGGAUUCGUGCUUGUUUUGAAGAAAGAAGGAGGCUUUGAUAGAUUCUUUAUGCAGAUUUUUAUUGCUGGUUUUGGAGUGUUGAAUAGCUUGCCUUUCUAUGAAGCUAUGGUUUUGAGAAGUGAUAAAGGGAAGAUGCCAAUGAAGACUACUAUUACUUCUACUCUUCUUGUGGGAAUACUAUAUGGAAUUUGCUUCCUUUGUACUAAUUAAUAUAUAGUGAAGUGAAAUUUGUAGAGAGUAUGUGGGGUGUAUAUGUUGAAAUGGGAUUAUUAUAAGGUUGUAUUUGUAAUUAUUUGUAUGUUUGAUAUCAUUUGAAAAUACGUACGCAGAAAAAAAAAAUCGAAAGCACUGUUCGAA